AUGGCAAUUCAGGCUUUCCGACCUUCCGACUUUCCGACCUUCCGACUUUCCGACCUUCCGACCUUCAAAUCUUCAAACCUUCAGCUUCGCACGAUCCAGCCGGGAUACGCUUUCGACAGCGCAAAGCCGCCCAUCCUCGCUCCCGUUCUCGAUCCCGUUCAGAGGUCUCGCACGAACGCCUACUACGCCAGCUUCGUCUCAACUACCUCCUCCAGCCUCACCAACGACGAAACGAAGAGCAGGGUGGCAUCACGACAGAAUUGUACUUGCUGUCAUAUCCUCCCUGCUACUCCACGUCGCAUGCAGCAUACCACCAGGACAAUGGCCCUUCUGUCCAAGGUCCAAGCCAGCAUGUCCUUAUAUGUUUUCGCAAAAGCUCGCUGCUACCCCAUCCCUGAAUUCGACUUCUGA